ACUUGCUCACUGUAUUAGAUCCAAAUCUGCUCAUGUCAUUUGGGAUUCUGAGAGUGGCCCAGAAAAAUGCCCGAGGAAGUGAGAUAGCUCUUAAGACCCUGUAUUCCAGAUCCUCUGCCCCGCCCCUCAGCCGGCAGAGGGUAGGAGCUAUGCAAAACUUCCCCUUUUCACCUUCUUUGUAUAUCUUUAUAUUAAAGAGGUGAGACUGACAUGGCUCUAGCGCUUGAGAGCUUGGGACCUUGGACGUGCCUCCUAAAGUGUCCUAGCCUGUUUCUUUAUCAGUAGACUAUUUGCCUUUGAAAAUUACAGUGCGAAUUAGCUCAGAGCUGUUAGUAUAAGGCCUGCACUUGCCCUUUUGUUUUUCUGGAAUAUUCACCACAAUGUAACAUGUGGACUAUUACCUUUAAUAAAGCCCUUGCUUAACAUUUGCCAAUGUUAUGUAUAAGCUCUGUUAUAUAUAUAUGACAUAUAAUGUGUAUUUUAUAAAAAGAGAAAGUAGACUCUUUUUUCCUUCCAUUUAUGCUCUAGUUUUGAUUGGAACCUAGCACCUGUAACAGACAUUGUCAUUUUGGUAUUUCUGGAGCAUUGGGCUGUCUUAGUUUAGCAUAACGUUCUUUGAACUUUCUUGAUUACACUGGCCACCAUUUGAGUAUUCAAGUGUGCACUUGGCGUCACUUGUCAUUUGCCAGAAGGUGUGAACUACUGGCAGGGGUUAGACAGGGGUCCACAAUGGUUAAAAAAGGAAUACCUACAGUUUAGCCAGAGUGUAUUCAUGGGGUUUUUAGAACACAUAGCUUAUAUUUCCAAUAAGAGCAAAUCAUUAAUCCAUGCAUGUUGUUUUCACCUCUGUGAUUUUGGGGAAAAAACAAAACAAAACAACAACCAAACAACCAGACCCCUUAAUUGGGCCUAGGACAUGACCCUUUGACGGAAACCAGUUACAAAUGUUUAAGAUAUUCGUAAAUUUGUCCUUUUUAGCCUCUGAGAGCUUUUUUGAACCAUAUUACUCUACAUGUGAAUUUAUACAUACGCAUCUUCUCAUACUCUGAAACUAAUACAUUAUUGCACAUAGAAAAUUGGUACAUACUUACUUUUAGGCGUUGGAGCAUUUAAACAAUGGAAAAGGUCAUUAUUGCAUAUGCUCUUUUCUUAAUUUGUUUUUCAUUAGAUAGCCACUCAAGAAAACACCAUGAAAGAUACUGAUAUCAAGAGACUACUGUAUACUCAUCUUUUAUGCAUAUUUUCAAUUAUCCUAAGCAUCUUCAUUCCAUCAUUCUUCUUGGAGAACUUCUCAAUAUUGGAAACACACUUGACAUGGUUGUGCGUCUGUUCUGUUUUUGUAACUGCCGUCAAUCUAGUAUUAUAUUUAGUAGUGAAACCAAAUGCAUCCUCUAAAAGAAGUUCAUUAUCAUAUAAGGUAACCAGGUUUUUGAAAUGUUGUAUCUACUUUCUUAUGUCAUGUUUCUUCUUUCAUGUAAUUUUUGUUCUGUAUGGAGCACCACUCAUAGAGCUGGUGUUGGAAACAUUUUUAUUUGCAGUUAUUUUGUCUACUUUUACUACUGUACCUUGUUUGUGUUUGUUAGGACCAAACAUCAAAGCAUGGCUGAGAGUUUUCAGUAGAAAUGGAGUUACAUCCAUUUGGGAGAACAGUCUUCAGAUCACUACAAUUUCUAGUUUCAUAGGAACAUGGCUUGGCGCCUUCCCUAUUCCACUCGAUUGGGAAAGACCAUGGCAGGUAUGGCCCAUCUCCUGUACGCUUGGAGCGACCUUUGGCUACGUGGCUGGCCUUGUGAUUUCACCACUCUGGAUAUACUGGAAUAGAAAGCAACUUACAUACAAGAACAAUUAAUUGGAGCAAAGGGAGAAGAUAUUUCUUUGUGCAGAUCCCAUAAAGACUGUGCAGAAAUGUAUAGGGUCUAAGCCAGGCAGUUCCAUUUACAGCACUGUUGUGUUUUUUUGUUUUUGUUUUUUUUUUUUUGUUUUUAUGUAGUUACAACAUGAUGUGAUUGUAGGUUUUUAAACUAUGAAACCCCUGAGAGAUUGUACCUUCUAGUUGAAAUAAAGUAUUUAUAAUAGA